AUGGGUUGCUGUGGCUCCCGCCCCGUCGAUGUCGACGACUCUCCAGCUGCCGCACCUGCUCAAGCCGGACGACCUACUCAGCAGCAUGCCAUCACCUCUGAAACAGCAAUAAACCCCACCUCGAGCACUGCGCGACGGCGCACAAGCAACCUCGAGCCCCAGAUCUCACGUCAGUCCGAAGAAACCUCUCGCUCAAGAAGUCAUGUCUCACUAGCAGAGCACUACAAUCUACCCCUCCAGAAGCCGAAGCCGUGGGCGUCCAAGUCGCGCAGAUGGACCCCAUCGAGUCUGCGCCGUGAGCGCUACGAAUUCUUCGAGACACGGGUCACUGGUCACCGCGAGAUAUGGGGUGCACUACGGCAGGUCGCUGAAAGCGUACGUGAGAAUGACCUUGCUACCGCCCAAGGUAUCCUAGAUGCUAUCAAUGUCACACUGCCAACCGGCCGGCUGGAAGAAGGCGGCUACGAUGAAGCAGGCAAUCUAUACCGCGUUCCCGCUGCUGUGCUGAGUGACCCGACCAAUAUUGCGCCCGACAACGAAGACGAUGUCGAGACAGACACUAUGGUCGGCGCUACCGAUCUUCAAGAAUCGGCCAAGGUCAUUGAGGAGGAUGACGAUCUUGAGAAAGACACCAUGCCGGCGUCGCCCACGAAAGAGGAGAAAGGCAAAGCACCUCUCGAGAAGGAUGCAAUGAGAGUCAAAUGUCGCCUGUCCGACCGUGGUGGUCCAGAUGUCGUCGUUCCGCUCGGAAAGACGCAGAACGUCGGAGCCCUUGCGCGACUUGUCAAGGAUGAGAGUGACGUCCCCGAACACGCUCGCAUCCGAGUUGCAUACCUAGGUCGCAUCCUCGACGAACGACGCACGCUCCAGGACCAAGGUUGGAAGGAAGGUCAAGUCGUGAACGUUCUCAUUUCUGGUGUAUUCAGCAGCUAA